CGAAGAGGGCUAUCACCUUGGAAACGCUUUCUCCCAUGCAGGCGCAGGAUUGGGAUAUUUUAGCGCUGGUGCGAGAUGCACAGGCCGCGUGUUUCUCUCUGGAGCUGAGCUGCCUUGCAUCCGGGAAAACUUUGCCCCAAGGUCACCGAUUUGUCCCCUUGGCGCCCUUCCAGGACAACGAGGGGGUACUCAGUGUGGGAGGCCGUCUUCGGUGGUCAGAAUUUCCCUACGACUACCGACAUCCGAUACUGAUCCCACGCAAGCACCCAAUCACCCAGUCAAUUCUAGAGCAUUGCCACCGGAAGAUCAAUCAUCAGGGCCGACACGUUACCGCCGGUGCGGUCCGAGAAUCCGGGUUCCACGUUGAAGGAUCUGCCAAGGAAAUAAGGCAACUGAUUGCUUGAUGCGAACUCUGCAAAAGACUGAGGGGUCCUGUGAUGGACCAGAUCAUGGCGGACUUGCCCCCGGACCGACUGAGCAAGACUGCACCCUUUUCCAACUGCGGGCUGUGGAUGUCUUUGGCCCGUUUUCAACUAAGGAUCGAGCCGCGACUAGAUCCAACAAGGGCACGUCGAAAGUUUGGGCUUUACUCCUGACCUGCCUUGCCUCUAGGGCUGUCCAUGUGGAGAUGCUCUUGGGUUUGGACACGAGCUCCUUUCGGAAUGCCCUUAGAAGAUUCUUGGCCAUCCAAGGAAGGUGCAACCAUUUCCGCAGCGACCGUGGAACCAAUUUCGUUGGCAGCCUGAAUCAAAAGCUAGACAUUGCAAGCCUAAAAAACGAACUCAACAAUCGCAGCAUUGAGUGGGACUUCAACCCACCUGGGGCCUCUCAUUUUGGUGGAGUUUGGGAGCGGAAAAUUGGACAAGUGAGAAGACCUCUGGAUGCCGCUCUCCUCCAAGCUGGGCCGAGGCCCCUGUCAUUCAACGAAUUACAAACCCUCAUGCAAGAAGCAGCUGCCGUAGUGAAUUCAACACCCCUGUGGACUAUAUCCUCGGACCCAAACUAUCCCCUGCCAUUGUCACCUUUCGCCCUCCUGAGUUUGAAGGAAACCCCGUAUCCCAACCCAGUGGGAGAAUUCUCUCCAAGGGACAACAUGGCCUAUGGGAAACUUCAAGGAGGCGGGUUCAAUACCUGGCCGACCAGUUUUGGGUCCGCUAUCGAGCCAACUACUUUAGAAACCUUCAGGAAAGAAACAAGUGGCAACAACCAAGAACGAAUCUCAGAACUGGCGACAUGGUUCUGCUCAGAAACAAGAACGCAAACCGCUGCUCCUGGCCUAUGGCACGGGUGGUGGACGUCAAGGUGGGGAGAGAUGGUCUUGUGAGGUCUGCAACCGUUGAGACUGCCACCUCUCCGGGUCGCGGUCAAGGAUGUACGUUCUCCCAAUAUGAGCGCCCCAUUAGUGAAUUGAAUUUUUCUGUCGUCAACGGGCUCCGGACCUCUGGGUGACAACGAGUGAGUUCAGUCGCGCCAAGGGCUACGUCCGGGUGGGGAGUGUCUUGGGACGAGCCCAGUCAGAGAAUCGAGACGUUUCGUGAUAUCCCAACCCUGGUUCCGCUGGAUCUCUCGCCCAAAACAUAGGCAGCUGAACAACAGCGGAAAAGGGAAAACAACAACUUGGGCCCCCUUUUUAGUGAACGUAUACGUGU